GGCAGCACGGGAAACACAGCUGUGACAGGAGUUACAGUGCGUAUCCGUUAUGUUGGCACGGGUUAUGAUUUAACGGACUUGCACCAAGAGUAAGUAGCUAUCUGCCUGUAUGAAUUGAUCUACAGGCAAACAUCAGCUAGCUUGUAGUGAUCAACAUAUACUCACCGAAUACAUAUUUUACGAGACAUUCACGCCAGGGUCUGACUAACCCAGUAGCUUCGGCAUGGUCAGGCAAUGUAGCCUACUAACGUUAGUCGUGUUCAGUUAGCUAAGAUAACGGCUAACUAACUUAGCUUGCAGACUAAACUAAAUCGUAGACAGGUAGCGAGGUCUAAAUUAGCUGGUCUAGUAAGCGAGUUAUCAGGAUUAGCUAGACUAUUCUGAAAGUUUGGAAAAGAAGGCGUAACAGUUUGGACAUGCACAUUUGUUACGGGACGCUAUCAUUCCUUUUCAUGUGAACGUGCCAUUGCUAAUUUAUGUAACCAAAUGAACGUUAUCUAGAUUAGUUAAUAGCCUUUUGCUCUACGCCCGUUUUGUAACGUUAGCUAUAACAAGCAGCUGUCUGUAGUCGUCCACACUCCGUAGUAUUGCUGCACUUUCAAUGUCAGAAUAAAAUAUAGGGAACAGCUGAGGGUUUGCUGAGUGACCCGCUGAAGAAACGUGGGACACCAUUAGCAAGCAUCCUAGUUAGCUAAAUAAUUGAUCAUUUGUUUAGCUAACAAGCGACGUUAGCUUAACUCGCAUCCCUAUGUGCAUUGUUACACAUUUCAUUUUCAAUAGCAGCUGGCUCGCUAGUCAGGAGGUUACAGCUCAAAUCGGUAAUUUAGCUAUGAAUUAUCGGUCCAGUGGUUGGGCAACAUGGCAAAGAUGAGUGCACUAGUCUAUCAGAUAAACGUACACGAAUACAGAUUCUGUUGACAGAUUCACCUGUUUUACCAUUUUAUUAUAAUUUCUGUAAUGAUUCAGCCAUGUGACAAGUAGGCACAAUAUUAUAUUUUCUAAUUAUGCAUUUAGCUUGUCUGGCUGUAUUUUAUGAUGAUGACUAACAUAACUAAUGACGAGAACAGUCAUGUGCUCUGAUUACCCACAGACCAGAUAUCUAAUUCCGAUUGAUGUGAAUGAGGAAGAGCAGUGGUUCCAGCUUAUCAUUAGUUUUUUUCCUUCUUCCCCAGCUAGCUGUUUUAUUUUCAAGCAGAACUGUGUCAUAUGCCUGCAAAUGCAUAGUUGUCUCACUAAAGUGCAUACAUACUUCCAGCCACUUCAUCUUGCCUGUUGACAGUGUUAAUGACACUUGAGUUUGUUAAGUAUAAUACUUCUGCAAGAGCUACAAAUUAUCUAUAUAUAGAGAAAAACUGUUCAUAAUUGUGCCUAGCAUUUUGUUUUCAACUAGCUAAGUGGUCAAUGCCCAAAUACAUCUAUGUGAGCUUCGCUAUUUUUAAACAGUCAAGAUGACAUGGAACGCUGGCUGUAAGUUCAUUCUGUAUACGGUUUGGUUGCCUAUAACGUUACUUUAUUUAACUUUAUUCCAAAUUAUUUGUAAGAUCACAGGUCUUGGCUGUGUCAGAUGCCAGUUUUUACUUAUUGAUAUACCUGUGCGAUUAUGCUUUAUGUAUAAGGAAUUUAUUGAAGCGAUGAUGACGUAUUACAUAGCCAUCAAACGAAGUUCAGUCCAAGAGCGUAGGGGAACGUUGCGGCAAAGCUGACACUGACGUUCUGUCGUGUGAAAGUCGACUAGCGUGCCUUUGGAAAGUUUAUUCAGUAUUAAAUCUAUGGGUUGAUAAUAUAGUCAAUGUUAGCAAAUAUGUGUUGUUCUUUACAAAGUCUUUACUACUAGCUUACUGGUAGCAACUAGUUUGGAAAGCGCGAGCUACUGUUUUUCUAGCUGCUUGUUUCAGCCCGGAGAAGCAGGAGCGAAGCGAACAUAGUCGCUCGUAAACCUCUGGUGUGCUUUUGAAUAUGCUCGAUUUUAUUAAGUUUUAUUCUCCCAAAACCUCGGACCCAUGGUGAAGAGAAAAAAGAUAUCAUCUGUCCCCGAAGAGGAUGAAAAUGGGAUGACCACGAGGCUGGGUGCUGGCAGCGGAGAUGAAGGAGCGAAGAAAUUGAGCCGAAAGCUUGAAGGUUGCGAUGAAGAGGAGAGUGGAGAUCAGGGGAAAGAGGAGCGCAAUACAAAGACAGACGGGGAGGAAAUUCCUAAUCCAACACCCACGGGUCCGUCCAGUUCGACACCGACACUGUCCACCUCUGCGUCGACUCUGGCCGGACCUCGUUUGGACCCACAGCCCCAGACCCUUUCAACCUCCGUGCCCCAAAACCAAGAUCAACAUCAUUUCCUAAGGUCCAGCGUACGACCUCCAAGCAAACGGCUGCGAAAGGAUGCCAUUGGUUCGACUAUCAAUGGUCAUAGCAACGCGAGGGGGAAAGGAGCAGAGAACGGGGCCCCCGGGGGCGUGGCCUGCGGACAGUCGGGGGCCCCGGCCGGCUCGGGGGGCGGGGGCCCCAAGGCGACCCUGCGGACCCCGGGGCCUGCCGAGAAGGAGGAGGCGGCGGCGGCGGGCAGUCAGAAGAAGGCGAGGAGGCAGUGGGAGUCCUGGAGCACCGAGGACAAGAACACCUUCUUCCAGGGGCUCUACGAGCAUGGCAAGGACUUCGAGGCCAUUCAGAACAACAUCGCGCUGAGGUACAAGAAGAAGGGCAAGCCGGCCAGCAUGGUGAAGAACAAGGAGCAGGUCCGCCACUUCUACUACCGCACCUGGCACAAGAUCUCCAAGUACAUCGACCCCGCCAACGUCUACUCCAGAGUGCUGAAGAAGUCCUCUCAGGAGCUGUAUGGACUCAUCUGCUUUGCAGAGCUCAGAAAGAAGGCUGGCGGCUUGAUGGACGACAAGAACGCCGCCAAGCUCAAUGAGCUCAUUCAGUACGGGGUGACCACCGUGAGGUCCAAGGGGAGGAACCUGCGGAUUAAAGCGCCCAUGUGCCGGGCACUCAAGAAGCUCUGCGAUCCGGACGGCGUCAGCGACGAGGAGGACCAGAAGCCGGUGAGGCUGCCCCUGAAGGUGCCCGUCGAGCUGCAGCCCCGCAGCAACCACUCCUGGGCCCGGGUCCAGAGUCUGGCACACAACCCCCGCCUCAGGAUGGUGGUGGAGCUUCACAGGAAGGUGUCCAGCCUGAUCGAGUUCCUCAAGCAGAAGUGGGCCAUCCAGGACCAGCGGAUCAGGAAGAGCCUGGAGGAGCAGGAGGCCCUGGAGAGCCAGGAGAGGCCCCCUGGGGGUAAGAGGAGGGGGGAGGAGCUGGUGCUGUUCCCGGCUGAGAGCUGCACUCUGACGGCGCUGCCGGGCGUGGCCCGCGUGGUGCACUCCAAGGCCUCCUGCACCGUGCACUGGCAGGAGAGCGGGAGGGGCCGCCCGGGCGCGCGGGACCACCCCGCCGCUCAGAUCCUGGGCCUCCAGGGGGCCCCGCGGGUCCCGGGCAGGCAGGCGCGCGCGGGAGCGGGGGAGACGCGGCGCGGGGACCCGGCCGGGGCGGAGGGGGGGACGACGGACGACGCCCCCGCGGGAGGGGCUGAGGACAAAAGCGGCUCCUCCCCGUCUUCGCUAAGCACGCCUCUGGCUCCGCCCCCUGCUGGUGAAGGAGCGACAGAGGGGGCUCCCACCCGCCCGGAGGGGGCGAGCGGCACAGGGGAGUCGGCGGCGCGGGACCAGGGGGUGGGGGGCGCGGGGGUGCCGGCGAAAGAAGGACCGUCGCCAGAGCCGAGCCUCUCGCCUCACAAAGACCCGCCUUCUGCCGGGGUCUCCAGCUCAACCAAUCACUGCGGGGCUCCGUCUCCGGGGGAACCGGCGCCUGCGGCAGAGGCUCCGCCCCCGGCCGGCUGUAAAGACGAUGCGGCUCCUGAGCCAGGCGGCUCGGAGCCCAGGCGCGGCAGCGCGGGAGGAGGGGCUGCUGGGAAGGAGGAGGUCGGCGGAGGCGGGGCGGGGGCGGGGACGGGGAGCCGCCCGGCCGAGCGGAUUCGGGAGGAGGGCUGGAGGUCCCGCGGCACGGAGAACGUCACCCUGGCUGAGCUCUACCUCAUGCUGGGGAAACCGGUGAAGCUGCAGCUGGAGUACGAGUGGGUGCCCGUGCCCCCCCCCGACGGCCCCGCCCGCCCCGCCUGCUCCCUCCCCCAGCACGUCCUGCGCUGUCUGCUGCGCCUCGUCUCCUCCGAGGUCAACCCCAAACCGGUCCCAGAGCUGUGCUCUGCCUCCACCUCCCCGGUGAAGCCCUCGGAGGAGCAGUCCCUCACCCCCCCGGGGAAGGCUCUGGCGCCAGGCACCCGCAGCCCCGGUUACGGUCGCUACAACGCCUCCGUCCGCGGCGCCAGGCUGAUGUCACCUGGGGCCGGCUCCUCAGGCAUCCGGAACCUUCCGCGCUCCCUGCUGAUCCCCGCGAGCGACGCGGACGGCGUCCUCUUCACCGCGCCCACCGCCCUGCCCCCCAACAGCCGCCACGGCAAGACGUUCUCCCCCAGCAGGGAGGCGGAGCGGGCCCUGCGGCAGCAGCUGGCGUCCAUCAGCAAGCAGUCCGACAUUUUCCUCCCCAAGCAAAGGACGGUCAGGAGCCGACACCCGCGCAAGCCGCUCGUGGUUCAGAGAACGCUGCUCCCGCGGACCACCGGAGACGCCCCGCAACACGUCUGCUCUUUCUCCAUCAUGUCCAACUCUUCCGCCACAGGCACUGGCUCCUUCUGGCCAAUCAAGCCUUCCCUGCCCUCCGCGUCCCGCCCCCUCCUUCCCGAAACCUCCACGGCCGGCCCCGCCCCUGCCAGCCAGCUCUCCAGUGCCAUAGACUUGGCGGCCAAGUCGGCGGGCAUCAUUCCGAGCGGCGCCUCUCGGGAGCGGGCGGGGCCCGCCCUCACCCCGGAAACCGCGUCUCCCGACCCAGGGGGGGGACGGCCGCUCCCCCAGGACCCCGCGGAGGUUGCUGUUAGCAACGGGCUCCCGCCCCCGUCCCUGUCGGGGGAGUCGGAGCCGUUCCUCUCCCCGCCCAGCGUGGUGUCUCUCCUGGACAUCUCCCUCCCGGGCCCCCCCGAGGAGGAGGAGGAGGAGGGGCUGGCGGGGGGCGAGCCGGCCACCCACAUCGGCGACUCCAUCAUCGAGCUGGCCAGCGGGCCGUCCGGCUACGGUCCCGAGACCUCCCUCUCCCACGGCAAGAUCAACGGCAGCGAUAAGUCCCCCGAGGGCAGCCCCGCCCGAAAUUGGAUGGCGUGGCCGACUCAAGACCCGCAGUGGGACCCCGGCGACUCCACAGACUCCUCAUUGGGCAGCCUCCUGUUGAGCCUGAUGACUCCGGAUAAGGAGCGGCGGUUGGCGCUGACCCCGGGGGGCCCCCCCUCCAGCGGGACGUCCCUCCUGGGCCCCGGGCUCCUGGACGGCAGCUCCCGCGACUCGUUCCACGCCCGCGGCCUGGCCGACGCGGGAGAGGGGGACUCCCAGUUCGCCUGCAUGAUGAGCGACAGCAGCGUGGACUACAUCGCCCGCUUCAACGAUUUGGCGCAGGAGCUGUCCGUCAACGAGGCGCCCCUCCCUCCCGCCGGUCACGGGGGCUCGGGCUGAGAGGGGGCGGGGCCGAGAGCGCGUUCUCCCAAAGGAGGACUUGAAGGCGUAGCUGCUCACGCGUAGGGUGGAGUCAGAGGAAGACUCGCAACGUGCAAUGCCUUGAUAUUGCGAAUGUGCGGCGGGUAGAGGCGGAGCCUAAGACCCAGGGCUUCAGGAAGCAGAGCUCCCCCCUCCCUCACUGUAGUGGGUUACCCAUGGUAACCUCACAUCCGUCAGGCUCUCCGCUUCUCCCCAUUUCUCACCGACGCCCGGUCAGCGGUCCGGGGCUCAGCCACGGCGGUCACGGUCGCGCUCACACGACCGCUCCAACUCCAGCACCGCCGUCCAGCGGAAUCCUCUCCGGAAAAACAAACCGAACUUCAUUUACGAAGAACGGUUCCACAGUCUCUUCUAGAAUCCCUGGGAUUUUUUUACAUUUAUUUUUUUAAAUGUAAAGAAUUUUUUUUUUUUAAACUAACAAAGUCCAUUCCUGCUCAGAUGGUCACCUUCCCUUUGGGCAGCUCGUGUGAGAUUAUUUUUGGGAAGUGUCACCUGCGCUUCUGCAAGUCGGCCAGCGUGUGGCAGCACCGUCGAGGUUCAGAGCACCACCGGACCCUCAUGAGCCUGAUGCUGACCGUGACACUGCCGUUUCUACUGACCCCCCUCCCCCCCUCCAGCCACAUCACAGCACUGAGGUUCGGCUUCUAUUUGCAUAAACUCUGGCUUCAUAACAACAUAUCACAAAAAGGCGAUUUAUUUAUUUAUUCAGUGAUCCUCUGUGUAACUAAUUUGUUUCUCAGGCAUCGAAGGCCGCAGCACUACUGAAACAGCUGUCUUUGUGUCUUCCCCCUGUGAAUAACUGGGCAUAUUUAUGUGGUCUGAUUUCUGUGCGUUUAUUAAACCGUGCGAUAACUGAAAAAGCCAUAUAUGAAGAACGUGCUGGAACUCGGAUGCCAUGUUAAAGGUUUUAUUCUGUGUUUAUUCUAAGGCCGCCUUUAUUAGAAUCGAGCUUACAGCGAAGGAUCCAUUUCCCUUUUCUAGUUUUAAAAAUGUCUGACCAUGAACAGACUGCAGCGCUGUGCUUCAAAUGACUGAAGAACAGCCAGAUUAAAAUGGAGAUCGGAGCGGAGUGUAUCAGGAAUAAUGCAGUCUCGAUUUGUCUUGCUUUAGUGUUUUCUCCAUUCCAGCAAUAAUAUACUCCCCACCCCCCUUUUUUAAUUUAUUUUUUUACUGAGGAUUAUAGUGUUCAGAGACACACACCCCCCCACCUUCGUAUGUGAUGUGUUUAAAAGUGAGGUUAUUUAUUACUUGCACCCUACCUAGGUGCCAAAUUUUCAGCCGUUUGCAUAGAGAUGUUUGAUUUCACGCACUAAUUGUUUGUGUUUCUCAGAUAAAUGUCAUUGACUUCUACCAGUUGGUGACACCCAGGGAAUUUUAAUGCAAAAAUCAGGCAGUGCACCUUUUUGUAGCAUGUAAAAAAACACUAAUUUAUGAGAAGCCACUUUAGUAGAAGAGGCGAGAAGCCAUUUUGUCGGGGGCUGAUUAUAUCCCACAGUGGUUCACUAAUUAUCUGAAAUAAAUAAAUUUAAUCGGAGUAAUUAACUACAGAAGUGGAUUGGUGCAAUUAUGACACUUAACCAACCCACUGGCCCUGCUAGUGCUGCUGCAGAACUAUUAGGCUAAACGUAUUUAAAAUAUAAAGCAAAAAAAACCUAGUUUUAAACAUCUGUUGUUUAUUCUUAUUUUUAAACAUAGACAAACAUGCACCACAUGUUUACAAUGCAGAAAAGUGUGCUUGUUUUAAAUAUACAGAAGCAUUUGGGCUCCUUGACUUGGCGUGGAAUAAUUUGUAUGUGUUUGUGCAGGUGUUUUUGUACAAUAUAGAACACAAUUUAAAUUUUCUCUGAAGUUUUGUAACAUAUUGUAAAUUAUUAUUGGACUAUUUAUUGUUAAAAGUUCACAAAUGUUUUGGUUUAAUUUAAUAUUUAGACAAAUUUGACAUUUUACACCUACAGUUUUGAGAUUUUGUCAGUUUGUAAAAUGUAUUUUUACUUUUGUGGAUAUAUAAAUAGUUUUUAAAAAUGA